AUGGCGACCUUUGUGGCCGUUGCUGCGCCGGGCUCCGGCCCUGCCUUGCAGGCCCACGCCCGCGCCGCGGUCCCCCAGCUGCAAGCCAGGGCUGCGCCCGGCGUCUCCGGCACCAGCGUCGGCGUUUGCGGCUCGGCAGCCGCAGUGGCGGUGGCAGCGGCGGCACGGGGGCGCGCCCGGAAGAGCGCACGCAACGAGCGCCUGGCGCGGCGCGUCACCGUGGUCUCGGAGGCGGGCACGCAGGCGGGGGAGCGGCCGAAGGAGGGCCGGAAGCUGAAAGUGGUGGUGGCCGGCGGUGGCGUGGGGGGCCUCACCUGCGCCCUGGCCUUGCUCAAGAAGGGCAUGGACGUCAAGGUCUACGAGAAGACCGGCAAGUUCGCGCGCUUCGGGGGCCCCAUCCAGUUCGCCAGCAACGCCACCUCGACGCUCAAGGCCAUCGACGAGAGGCUCUUCGAGCGGAUCAUGGGGAAGUUCACCGUCACCGCCACGCGCCGCUGCGGAAUCAAGGAUGGGCUGAGGUCCAACGGCGACUUCCGCAUGACCGACGUCUUUGACCCCUCGUACUUUGUGAAUCCGGACGCGCCUGCAGAUUGGUUCAUCUCCUUUCCGCUGAAAGAGUGCGCGGAUCUGUUCAACUUGCCGUACACCGGAGUGAUCAACCGCCCGGACCUGCAAGACAUUUUGUUGGACGAGUGCCUGGCGCGACAGGAGGACUUCAUUGUGAAUGGCGUGUCGGUCACGGGCUACGAGAACCACGACAAGGGCGUCACUGUGAAGCUCUCGGACGGCUCCACUGAGGAGGCCGACAUCCUGGUGGGCGCCGAUGGCAUUUGGUCCGCAGUGCGGUCGCAGAUGUACAAGGAGGGUCCUGUGAAGGCGCCGUCCAAGGACGGGAAGUCUAUCCAGGGGUGCCGCUACUCGGGCUACACGGUCUUUGCCGGAGAGGCGGUCAUGGAGUUGCCGGACUACUACGAGUGCGGCUACAAGGUCUACAUCGGCCCUCAGAGGUACUUUGUGACCUCGGAUGUGGGGGACGGGAGGAUCCAGUGGUACGCCUUCCUGGCGCUCCCGCCAGGCACGCGCAAGGCGGGAGACACCUGGUCCGGUGACACCGGCAACGCGAAGGAGGGCGCAGACGUGAUCAGCUACCUCAAGGGUCUGCAUGAAGGCUGGAGCAGCGAGGUGUUCCAAGUGCUGGACAGCACUCCCGCAGAGUCCGUGGAGCAGCGCGACCUCUACGACCGCUGGCCGGAGUUCUUCCGGUCCUGGGCCGACGGCAACGUCGUGCUGUUGGGCGACGCGGUGCACCCCAUGAUGCCGAACCUGGGCCAGGGCGGCUGCCAGGCCAUCGAGGACGCCUUCGAGCUGGCGCGGAUCCUGGACGGCUCCACAACCUUCGCCCAGGACCCUGAUCCCAAGGUCACCUCGGAGGCGCUGCAGGACUUCUACCGGAGCCGCAUGCCGCGGGUGGCGGGCAUCUCGCUGCUGUCCGGCCUGGCCUCGGAUCUCAUCAUCAACGCCUUCGGCACGCCCUGGUCGCCCCACGAUGAGAAGGGUACUGACUGGAGAUCCUAUCUGACCUUGGCCUGGAAGCCCUUCCUGCAGUUCAUCUUCUUCCCGCUGCAGUUCCUCUUCCUCUACUCGAACCACCCCUCGGGUGGCAUGGGCAGCCUACCCAAGCGACUUACGGAGGAGUGGGAGCAGCGGCAUCGGAAAUCCGCCGAGGCCGCCUUUGCUGCGGCGCGGCGGGGGGAGAAGUCCAGCAAUGGACCCUCCUUCUUCGCGCGGGUGAACGCCGAAGAGGAGAAGGCAAGGUGCCUGGAGCCCUCGCGGCCUCGGGCCGCCGCGGCGCGAGAUGCGCUCAGCCUGUACGACGAGUUCAUGAGCGCCGGGAAGCGCGCAGGCCCGCGUCUCUUCGCCGCCGCGGCGGAGGCCUGCGAGGACGGGGUUUUCUGGGCGAAGGCCCUGGACGUGCUGGAGAUGGCGCAAGUGGCCUCGGCCGGGGUUGGGUCAGCUGGGCACUGGAGCCCCUGCGAAGAGGUGACAUCCGCUGGCCAGCAGCCACGUCGGCUCCGCGGCGAAUCCGCGCGGCCCGUGGCGUUUCGCAUGGCGUCCUCGCAGCGCUCGGACGCGACGUCCAACGAGCAAACGGCUGGGGACUGUGUGGGGAAGGUUUUCCUCGUAGAUGGCAGUGCUUUGGGGCGGCAAGCAGAGCCUGCAGCUUGCAUCCGUGUCUUCGUGAGCACCGAAGGCUCGGGGUGGGAGGCUCUGAAAUGGCAGGCGGUGGGCGCCUACAAGAAGGCAGGGAGCAGGAUGUCAGAUUCCCGGAUCCUUCCAGACCUGGCCUUCUACAAUGCCGUGCUAGCUUCCUGCUCUGGCGUCUGGCAAGUGGGCGUUCGGCUGCUGAUGGAGAUGCAUGACGGGUCCGCAUUGGCGCCGGACGGCCUGAGCUUUGGCUUCCUUGGGCAGGCCCCCUGGCAGCAGGCGCUGCAGCUGCUGCCGAGCCUUCGCACCGCCACCGCAGCGAGAAACGCCGCGGACGAGAGCAAGGCGGCGGUGGGGUACAACGCCCUGCUGACGGCCUUGGGCCGAGGCGGCCAGUGGGAGAAGGUUUUGGCCCUGCGACUGGAGGUGCCGUGCCCCACAGUGGUGACCUACACUGCGGCGCUGAACGCCCUGAGCUUCGACCGCUCGGAAGCUUCGGGCGCCUGGCGCCAGGUGCUGCCGCUGUUGGCAGCGGCGCGGCAGCAGCGGGUGGCGCUGGACUUGAUGGCCUGGAACACCGCAUUGAAGGUUUGCGGGCCCAGGAUGUGGCAGGAGGCGCUGGGGAUGCUGGAGGAGAUGCAAAGCAGCUCUGCCAGGCCUGACAUCAUUAGCUUCACCGCAGCCAUCACCGCCGUAGGCGGGGGCGGCGCGUGGCAGCACGCGCUGAAACUCUUCCACACCGCCUCCAAAUGCUUCCGCCUGGAUGCCCAGAUCUACGUGAGCGCUCUGAGCGCCUGCGCAGACGCUGCCGCCUGGCGGAGCGCGCUGCAGUUGGCCGCCUUGGAACCGGCCCCCUCUCGCGCCGGCCUGGGGGCGCUGCUGCGGGCGCUGAAGGGUCAGUGGCCCUGGGCCUUACGGCAGCUGCGGGCAGCCAAGAAGGAGCAGGUGGACACCUUGGCCUACAACACGGUGCUGGCGGCGCUGCCCUGGGACCAAGGCCUGGCGCUGCUGGUGACCCAAGCGGCGCCGGACGCCGCGGGGUUCGGGGCCGUGCUUAGUGCAUGCGAGGCCUUGCACGAGUGGGCCAUGGCCUUUGCCCUGCUGGAGUACAUGCAACGGUGUUUGGCGUCGCCAGACGUGCAAGCAUGCUGCUCGGCGCUCAGCGCCUGUGAGAAGGGCAGGCAGUGGCAGCGCUGCCUGGCGCUCCUCGCGCGGAUGUGGACUGGCCUUCCGCGGCCGGACGUGGUGGCCUAUGGCGCUGCGGUGAGCGCCUGCGAGAAGUGCGGCCAGUGGCGCUGGGCCGUGCACUUACUGGAGGACCUUCGCGGCCACAGCCUGCAGUUGGACCAGGUGGCUGGGAACGCGGCGCUGGCGGCUCUGCAGACUCGGUGGCCGAUGGCCCUGGCACUGCUGGGGCAGCUGCAGCGGGAGGGCCUGGUGGAUUUGGUCAGCUUCAACGCCGCCAUCGCUGCGGUGCCCUGGCGCUGGGCCCUGCACUUGGCGGAGGAGCUGCGGGUCGCCCAGCUGGAGCCGGACCUUAUCACCGCGGCCGGCCUGGCCCAGUGCCUGGAGGUGAUGGGCGCUUCGAUCGAUGGGCACCACCUGCUGCGCUGGGCGGGAGGUUUGGAGCGCCAGGCGGGCGCGCUGCUGAGGCGCAAGGCCCUUGCGCGGGUUUUGAAUAGGAAUUGA